AAAACCCGUCUGAGUGUAAUCAAUGAUUGCAGAUUAUAACAAGCGUAUCGGACCCGGAUAACGACUGGCACUCGUUGUAUGCUUUAUUGACGGUAGUUGUUUAUCUGACGGUGACUGGGGGGUGACCCUGACAGACAGCUUACUCGAGACAAACGGUCACCGCGAGUCGCACAUCAGUGGCAGCUCUCGCCCCCACAGACAAACCAUUCAAUGCGAGCAAAGUGUCAGGUAGUGGGACCGCAGGGGACGUGUGGGAUGUAGCAGGAGAAAUGUUAGCCAGCUUUUGUUACAUUUAAUGGGGGAAAAAGCUGCUUCGAUAUAAACGAGCGGUGCGGACAGCUGACCGUAUGCUACUGUAUCUGUUGUAGCUACGUUAAUUUGCUGGUCAGCAGCCAGCUAACUUUAGCCUUGUCAGUCUGUGGUCAGGGCCUCUUGUUUCUGCCUCUUGUCACCUGCGCUUUGGGAAAUUCAAGGGCCAUGGAUUUCCCGGGCCACUUCGAGCAGAUCUUCCAGCAGCUCAACUAUCAGCGUGUCCACGGUCAGCUGUGGGACUGCGUCAUCGUGGUGGGCAGCAGACACUUCAAGGCCCACCGCUCGGUGCUGGCAGCCUGCAGCACCCACUUCAGAGCCCUGUUCACGGUCGCAGAGGGAGAUGCAAGCAUGAACAUGAUCCAGUUGGACAGCGAGGUGGUGACAGCUGAAGCGUUUGCAGCUUUGGUGGACAUGAUGUACACCUCAACACUGAUGCUGGGGGAGAGCAACGUCAUGGAUAUCCUCCUCGCAGCCUCACACCUGCACCUCAACAAUGUAGUCAAGGCCUGCAAACACUACCUGACCACGCGCACCCUGCCUAUGUCCCCCUCAUCCGACAGACCGACCCAUCACCACCCUCAGCUGGAGCAGCAGAGGCACAGGCAGCAGCAGCAGCAGCAGCAGCAGCAACAAGUCGCAGAUUUGACAGUGAACCCUACUCUAGCAGCUAAUGCUAACCUCGCGGCCAACGCUGCCACAUCAAAGUUGCAGCGCUCCUUCCUCCUGCAGCAGCUGGGGCUCAGCUUGGUGAGCUCUGCUUUGGGCGGGAUGGAGGAGGACGGAGUUGGAAAUGGAGGUGGCGGCAGAGUGGUCGAACAGAGAGCCUCCUUCCCAAUCCGACGCUUCCACAAGCGUAAGCCCUCUUUGGCCUUAGGGCUGUCAGAAGAGAGACCCAGGCAGAGGCAGCGCCCCUCUGCCCCUAACCUGGGGCUGUUAGGAGAAGAAGCAGUGAACGCAGAGCGAGAAGAAGGAGCACUGCUCUCCCCAGACUCCCACAAGAUGGGGGAUGAAUCCAAAUUGGAUGCUGCAAUCACUGGCCUGGUAGGGGUGUCCCAAGAUGAUCCUCAAAUGCCCAGCCAGUCAGACAGUGGACAUUGUGAAGGGGAGGACUUGGGGAGAAUGCAGGGAGGGGUGAGGAAGGAGGAGGACAUGGAAGACCAGGAACACCAGGAACACCAGGUCAACAGAGCAGGGGUGAAAAUCAAAUCUGGAGAAGAGGAGGAGGAGGCAGAAGAACAGGAACAGAAGGUGGUGGUAAAAUGUGAGCCGCUCAGUUCGCCGGAGCCGACUGAUGAAAUCAGUGAUGUGACAUCGCAGGCUGAAGGCAGUGACCCAGCAGAGCCAGGAGGCCGGGAGGAGGAGGAGAAAGCAGAGCUGAGCCCAGAGAGCAGUGACCACAGCUUCACCUCUGAACCCCAACCCAGCUCCGACUCCCUGUUGCAGCCCAGCUCCCAGCUACUCCUGAAGAGCACCAUGGGAGGAGGCGCCGGAGUUGGAGGAGGUUUUGGGUGUAGUAGCGGACUGGGUGGCAAACCUGGUUUUAGUAUUUCUAGCUUCCUCAGCCCGAAGGAUUUCAGAAGUGGGGCAGGGUUGGUUGCCGGAGAGGAUGACCUCCCCAACACAACAACUGGCGAUUCAGCUGGACAUCACUUCCUGCUCAGACAGGAAGCUGCUGGGCCAUCUGGCUCUGCUACUUCCUCUCUUCUGAAGUCAAGCCCACGCGGCAGCGAGAGUCGCAACAGUUUUGGAGACAACCUACAAGCUGAUUCCCUAUUCCUCCGCCCACUCCAUGAUGGUUUAGGGAACCCUAGGGGAAAUGGGGGAGGUGGGGGCGGAGGGCAUGGUGGGGUAGAUCCUUUUGGUUUGGACUUUCAGCGCUCCAGUCUUGGGCUUCACUCCAUGGGGAGACCAACGCGAGGAGCAGGGGGAGCCACUGCCGCUGCUCUUGGGUACCCAGGUUACAGACGUAUUGCUCCAAAAAUGACCACCGGCAUGGGAGGAGAAGAAGGUGGUGUUCUCCAGGAUGCCGCCUCUUCCUCCUCCUCGAGUCUGUCAAAUCCUCUGCUUCUAAACAAGAGCGGUGGAUAUGAGAUGAACAACAGCAGGCCCACCUCCCUCCCCCCACAGCUGACCCGCGCUUCAGCAGACGUCCUGUCCAAGUGCAAGAAGGCUCUGUCGGAGCACAACGUCUUGGUGGUGGAGGGAGAUCGGAAAUAUGCCUGUAAAAUCUGCUGCAAAACCUUCCUCACCCUGACCGACUGUAAGAAACACAUCCGCGUCCACACAGGAGAGAAACCCUACGCAUGUCUCAAGUGUGGAAAGCGCUUUAGCCAGUCCUCCCACCUGUACAAGCAUUCCAAGACCACCUGUUUGCGCUGGCAGAACAGUAACAUGUCCAAUGCUCUGCUGUAAGGCCUGAGGUCACCGCAUCAUAGUGGAGCAGGGCGACAGAUUGAAUACAUUAGGAAUCAGCGAUGGGCUGAAUUUAAAGUCAGAAAUUUUUCUGAAGUUGUGACAGAGCAGCAGGAUCUGAUCAGCUGUUCUGUCCUGAUGACAGACCAAAGAUAGGGAUCUCUCAUCAUGCAUCUUAUUUUCCAGGAGAAACCCACAAUGUUAACUCGGCCGAAGUUAUUGACAUGCAAAGCUACCACAUUCGUUGUUAUGGAUUCAUCAUAGAGAGAACUACAGAUAUAUACUGCAUACUGUCCCGUUGUAAUCAUGAGUGUAUUAUGAGGAUAUACCAGUUUCCUUGCAACUCAUGAACCUUGCAUAAUAAGAUCCGAGCCAGUGUAGGCUAUGUUGUCUUUUUAAAAGGCAUCAUACGGGCUCUCUUGUUCAGUGAAAUUUAGAUCUGGUGAAGUGAUCCCUUGAUGCUGAACAUCUGUAGUUAGUGGUAUACUUACUGGAGCAUAUUUGACAUACUAACACUCUCUGGCAGCUGAGCAGCACCAACAUUUAGAACAAAUAUCAUGUAUAAUAGUGUGUUUAUGUGUAGGGUUUUCAUCGCACAUCUGUGAAACAUGUAGCAGCAUCCCACAUUAGACUGUUGAGUCAUUGUAAUCUUGUGUAUUGACUAUGUCUUUUUCUGUGCAAGGGCACAUAUAGACUGUAGACUAACUGAUUCAGAUGCAGUUCAGGUGCCACAUAUAAUGUCUGUAAGUGGUUGUGUGGUCUUGAUGCUCCACCCUACAGAAAGGUGGGUAGAGUCAGAUGAAGUCCUGUAAGGCGGGCUGAGGUAAUGCUGAAAUCUGUCACUUUUUGCAAGUUCAGCUAACAGAGAAGCAGACAGAGAUUCAAUUGUUGUACUUGAUUUUUUUUACCCUAUUGGUAUGCAGUGAAAAUGGACAAGUGAUAUAAACCAGAUUUUUUUAUUGACUGAAGUGAUGAAAUUUGAAGUGAUAAACAUUGUCGCCUACGACAGGCAUAGCCCCUCCCCCCAAAAAACAGUUCAACAUUUCUAAGUAGGUUAUAACGGACAGUCAUGCAUACGCAGCGACAGAGUCAAGUCAAAUUUUUUACCUCUAGUUGCCUUUCAGUCCAAGCACCUUUGACGAGCAUGAUCAGAAGUGUUUCUGAGCACAGUUAAAGUUGAGAAUAAGGGUCAGGGUCAGGGUUAGACCACAACCCUAGCCCUGAGUCACUUUGCACUGAUGGAACCUUCACACUUCCUGUGACUACAAACAUUUAUACAUGUAGUUUGACAGGUUCAAGUUUUGGAGGAAUGGUAAACUUUGAGUUGCUGUGAUCAACCUCUUCCCAAAAUUUGGGCUUGCCAGGUAGAGCUACAAAGUGCUGCAGGAAUGAGUCCUAAAACCUGGAAAUGAGUCAGCACUUUUUGCACUUCCUGUUUCCUCAUCUAGAAGGAAAUGGGCUUUUUGAACUGGUAUUUGGUUAGAUGCCUGAAAUAUCGUCUGUGGUUAACACAAGCUCAAGAGACUUUCAAAUAUAAAAUACAUUAGUAAAUACCCAACACAUGAAUUUUGAAGCUUCUAUGUGUCUUAAAAAAGUGAUGGCUCAAUGAGACCACAGUGUGUCAUGAUGAAAAUGACUUCACAGCCUUGCCGUGGUGGAUACAGAAGAAUAUCUUGCUAAACAAAACAUUCAGAUAUCAUUCAAAUAUCUUUUUUGUUUUGCCACAGAGGUUAUUUUCUGCAGUAAUCCAAGAUCCAGUGGAAAAUCCCAUUUGCUUUCUGUUGAGGGAACCAGGGCAAUGUCAAUGUCCAGGUUGGCCUAUUAAAAAAAAUCAUCUCUGCAGCAUUAUUUUAACCUUAAUAUUAAGUCCCAUUGUUAUGGCGAGCAGUGAAGGAGAGAAAAGUUUCACCUUGCACCAUCUUUGUACUAAAAGCUGGAAACAAAUCUGCAUUCAUGGGCCUUGUAGUCUCUUUUUUAAAAAAAGUACUAUUGAUAUACUACUGCAUUAUAAUGCCAUUUUAAUACUUAGAUAUCUUCACAGGAACAUGCGCUGUAAAUGCACCUUAUUUUGUCUCAUGAUGUGCGAAACUCCAGUUGUAUAAAAUAUGGCAUUCAGCUACUUUCCCUCCUUAUUGGUCACUGACUGGAUACGGCCACAUCAUUUCAGCUGUGGUCAACAAGUGUGCUGACAUCAGGUUCCCUUGUCGCUGGUGUUCCUGUGAGUUCAAUAUGUGUGUUUUAUUAAAAGGGCAAUGAAGUUGUGCUGAAAGGCACAGUCGUCUGAAGCAGACAGUUUGCUGAGGUUCAGCACGGUUUGAAAAGUGCUUUAGAAAUGUAAAUAUCACACAUUUGUGGUUGGUUUCAUCAUUUUUCUCUUGGAGGAGAGACGAAACAACUCCUGAAGAACUAAGCAUUGUGUAUAUGUUUGCUACUGUACUCGAUAUCAGUGCUUUAUACAUGUCUCUUUAUACAGCUAAUGUUGCAUCUGUUACAAAAGCACUUAGACAGAUCAUCCUGUUUUUAUAACUAAUACAUUUACUGGAAUGUUGAACUAUGUGAAAAUGUAAAAACAUUGCUGUAUUGCAAUUAUCCAACCGUACAAGCCCUUAUGGGUUUUCCCCUUCUUUACACUGUCAUCAGGAUGAGUUUGCAAGCUAAAGAUUGUAGCAUAUUUGCUGGCAGGAGUAACACUCAAUUUCCAAUUCCGCAAAUACACAUGGGGGAAAAUUCAGAAAAGAUUUUACAGGGUCUCCUGUCAUUUUUUUAAAUAUUAAUUUUUUUAGCAGUUUUUUAUAUAUGUAACUGUAUUUUAAUGUCUACCUGUAACUUUCUGUCAUGUACUGUAAGUUUGACAACUGUGUUUCAAUUGACGAUUUGCAUAAAAUUGAAAAACAUCACAGACACACUGCGAAGGAAUCCAAAUUUGCAGCUCAUAAAAUAGCAUACUAUAAAGGAUUUCUACAUCAAUCCAGGCUCAGAUGCCUGACUCCCUGCGUGUUGUAAAUAAGAGCUUCAUUGGUAAACAGAUGGUUAAUUGAAAUCAGUGUUCAUGCAUUGUUGUAGAGUUCUGUUUUAGUGAACCAAAAUGAAAAAGUACAAUACAUGUUUGACUUUUUGUGUACUUUAUUUCUUGCUGUAUCGUGUCACCUACACUGUCAGUGAGAACCACGUGGUCAUUGCUUCCAUUUCUAGUCGGCACCUUAUUGUACUGUAGAGUCAAGACACUGUUAGCCUGUAAUCAUUUUAUUUGACACAUAAGUUAAUGGAUAAUCUUGGCUUUUCACUUCAGAAGAAUAAUUGCCUUGUAGGAUGCUUCUCCCUGUAAACACGAGCUAACUCACUGUUAAAUGACCCUGUCAUUCUUGACACCAUGGAGUCAGUAGCAAUGUUGAAGCCUGGCCACAGAAUUUAAAAUGAUCACUCACGGCUAAAUCUCAAAUCUGUUCGUCUGUGUUCCUCACUCACGUUAAGCCUCCUCCGCAUUCUGGAAAGAGGGAGAUGCUCUUGAGAAGUACAGAGUUGUAGAGGUGAUGAGGUGAAGAAGAGGAGUAGUCCUCCAAAAUGGCCUCCACACAGUGCCCUGUUGAGGACUAUCAAGGUGCUGUCUUCUACAGCUGUUGCAAAAACAGUUAAUGUGAAUCUCUGAAAAUGCACUGACCGUAUUUCCCCUGUAUGAAAUGCCAAACCUUUACGAUAUACAGAAGGCCUAAAUUGAUUACGAACGUCACUGCCUUAUGCCCUCUAGCUUGAAAAGCCGGGCUUUGUUGAUAUGCCAAAUCUGAAGUAUCUCUGUGUUUUUUCUGUAUACCUAACAUAGUGUAACCAUGAGAGGACUAAGUGUUUGUCUCUUUACUGUUGAAGGCUAUGAAGAUUGUACAGUAUGUUCAGUUGUUGUAUAGACUGAAUAAAAAAACAGUGACAUUCUGCUUUGUUGCUGCGACAUUUUUAUGAAA